AUGACUUCCACUGCGGGACUCCUCACGACGGUGAGUGCGACAGUGACGCCCUUUCGCGUGCUGUAUAUAUCACUGGUGAUGAUAGUGCUGAACGGCAUCUAUCAGGUGUUGCGUACACGCCACGAGAGCAAAUCACCACGACGGCUUGUGCGACGAGGUGGCGGUGCCCAUCGGCGGCCGAGCAUCAUCUUCGAUCGCACCAUGCUCCGCCGCAUCGUAGAGCUGCUGCGCAUCUGUUUCCCCUCUAUGCUCUCUUUGGAAUCGGGCAUGGUAUUGCUCUUGUCGAUCCUCAUGGCUCUGCGUUCUAUGCUUUCGCUGAGACUCGCCCGACUAAUGGGGGAGAGCAGCGAGGCGCUUGUUCGCAAGCAACUCAAGCGGUUUGUUUUUAGUGUCGUCGAUGUUGCGGUUUAUGCCAUCCCCACGACAGUCACUGCUGUUGGCAUUGCUUACACAACCUCCACCAUGGAGCGGCGCUUCCGCGAGCGACUGCAGGAUGUCCUUCAUGGGGAGUACUUUCGGGGACACCGAGUGUACGACUUGGCUAUGACGCGGGCCCUUGACAACCCGGCUCACCGUGUGACAAACGACGUGCAGCGUUUCUGCAGCGAGCUUACAGGACUCCUCCCCGCCGUUGUGAAGCCACUCGUGGAUAUCGUUAUCUUCUCCACUGCAUUGGCGCGUUUCGGCGGCUACGGUGCCCCGCUGUCAAUGAUGUCCUACUACGCCCUUGUCGGCGUGAUCUUCAGUUCGGUGAUGCCGAACUUUGCAAGCUUGGUAGCGCGCAGCAGGGAGAAAGAAGGCAACCUACGCAUGAUGCACACACAACUAAUCCAGCACGCAGAGGAGGUCGCAUUCUACCGUGGUGCGGAUGUGGAAUGUGAGAACGCCGACCGAUUUCUGAGAUCUUUUGUCCGAUUGGAGCGCCACAUCAAGCGUGUAAAGUGGUGGACGUCCUUUGUCAACUCGUUUUUCGUCAAGUACGGUGCUACCUGUGUAGGCUACGCGAUCUGCGCGUUUGUGGUUCAUCGGGAGAAGGACCACCUCGACGCUGCUGCGCUGACGCAGCUUCACGUGCACAGUACCCAGCUUUAUAUUCCCCUAUCGAUGGCUGUGGGAAAGCUCCUCUCCCUCCAGCUGAAGAUUGGCGGGCUGUGCGGUAGCGCUCACCGUGUGGGCGAGCUGCGCGACGCCCUGCGUAUCCUGGAGCGGGACCGGCAGAGCACAACCGGAAAUGUCACGGAGGUGGUGGACAGCAAUCAAAUUGUGUUUAAGGAUGCAGCAAUCGUAACCCCCGCCGAUCAGGUCGCCAUUCAAAGCUAUACUGAAGCUUUUCAAACUGGGCAGCCCGUCCUGAUUAUGGGAUGCAACGGCUCGGGCAAGACAGCUCUUUUCCGCACGCUUUGUGGCCUGUGGCCGUUGCGCAACGGCAGGUUGGAGCGGCCCCCGCUGCCGCAGCUGUUGUUCCUCACCCAGCGGGUAUACCUCCCGCCAGGGACGCUCCGAACACAGCUUAUCUAUCCCGCGGUAGAGGAGGAGGAGCGGGCCCGCGGCCUCUCUGAUGCAACUCUCUUGCAGUUUGCUUCGGACAUGGGCUUGGGCGGUGUUGUGGAGCGUGAAGGCGGGCUUGACGCUGAGAAGGACUGGAAUGAGUCUCUUUCUGGUGGUGAGCGGCAACGAGUCGGCCUCGUUCGUGCGAUGUACCACCGGCCUAUGUUUGCUUUCCUCGACGAGUGCACCAGCGCCAUUUCACAGGAUGUGGAGCCGGCACUGUAUGAAGUGCUUCAGCGCUGUGGUUUGACAUUGAUCACUGUUUCACAUCGUGAGGCGCUGAAGGCUCUUCACCAGAAGGUCGUGAUUCUAGAUGGAGUGGGCGGGUACAGUGUGCGCGCGGUAGAAAAGAGACAAUAA